ACCGUUCGAGCACACGUGAUCGAAGAACACCGCAAAACGUAUACACGUUGCAAUCGCAAGUCGACGCAACUUGCAGGCAGGCUCUUGUCGACUCACGAUGAAGGAAAUUUGUCUUCUUUCCGGUUCGUUUCUUCUUAUCUUCCAUCUCAGCGGCGUCUGGGCAGUGGAUUGCCGAUGGGGCAGUUGGACUUCGUGUAGCAUUCAGUGUGGAAACGGCACUAGAACGCGACAGAUUGCUCAAUCGGCUACAGCAGGCGGUCAACCAUGCACCGGACCAUCAACUGAAAUCUGCAUAGUCACAUCAUGCAUGGCAACCGAUCUAGCGAAUAGUGUAGGAGUAACGGUGACCAUGAGUUCAACGUAUAGUUCUACUUACACUGCAAGCAAAGCGAUAGACGGAAACCCACAAAUUGUCAUCGGACAGACGCUGGUGGGUGCCGACUGUGCUGGUACGAAGCGAACGUUGAAUCCUUGGCUUCGAGUUGAUCUACAGAAAGAAUAUUUUGUGUCACGCGUUCGAGUCAUGCCGAUCGGCGAUCGUGGCAAAAACCUAUUUGUUCAUGUUGGUAACAGCUUAACCAAUAACGGCAAUGGUAAUUAUAUAUGUGGACAAGCUCCGUACGACAGCUCUACUAACUACUAUGCGACGUGGAGAGACGUGACUUGCAAUCCGCCGACUUGGGGGAGAUACAUUAGUCUACAGAGAGUCGUAACGAGUGAUAUACUUCACGUGUGUGAAGUGGCAUUCGACUAUGAGUUGGAGGUUGUUAUUAUGGAUGGUAGUGUGCAUGUUGAGGGAACGAGUGUUGAAGUUAAUGAAAAUGCUGGCCUCUCGAAUCCGAUUGAGUGUGGGGUGAGACCCGAUGUGACCAACUUUAAUGCAUUACUGCAGUGGAAACACAACACGACGAAUGUUGUGCCAUUGGGUGUGCGGAGUGGUGGUGUGUAUCAGGUGUAUGAGAACAACAUGCAGCGGCUCUAUGUGAAGUCGGCUGGUAGCAGUGCAAAUGGAUUGUAUUCGUGUGAAUAUGUAGCAAACAAUGGCUCUAGUCUGUCACAGUCGUUCACACUCAAUGUCAACGUAAAUUGUUUGUGGGGUUCGUGGUCGGGCUGUACAUCGGCGUGUAGUUUGGGACGUCGUACUCGUACUCCAGCGCGUGUGAAGCAGCACAAUGGAAUCGACUGUGCAGGACCUGCAGUUGAGGACUGUGACAGCCAACAACCUCCAUGUGUACCAACAGCUGGACAAUCAUCUCUUCUUCCUUUCGACGAGUCUUCCACACUAGAGUUGAGCUGCUUAGCUUCACAAUAUCCCGGCCUGAGUGGAAACAUCACAUUCGAAUGGUACAGAGAAGACGAAGGAGUCGAUGUAGCCAUUGUGUUAGACUCUCGAGUGACAAAGAUUUCUGAGGGCAAUGGAAUGGGGCAAUUUACAGGAAAACUGAAAUUUGUCUCUCUGAACCGUACGGAUAGCGGAUCGAUCAAAUGCAGAGCGUUCAAUGAAUAUGGUGCUGGUGGUGUGUCUGUAGCCACGUUAUUGGAUGUCAAAUAUGCUCCUGAAUCAGUUGAAAUUACACCAUCAACCCCAAUAGGCAUCAUCGGACAAAACAUCACUCUAAACUGUUCAGCCGUUGCUAAUCCAACUGCCUCCUUUCAAUGGACCAGAGACAAGACAACGACCCUAUCAUCCAUAAAAUCAUUGAAAUUAACAUCACUUCAAUUCACUACCGAAGGCACAUACACUUGCAUCGCUCGCAACAAUAUUCAAGCCGGUGUUAGAUCCACUAGUGCGUCUGCAUGGCUGAAAAUUGAAGGUCCGCCGCAACAAUGUCGUGUGCUGUCGGCUUGGAGUUCUACUGGUUCAGACGUGAAUGUUACUGUUGACUGUCCUGAAGAUGGAAACUCGAGUGUGACUGCUUAUCGGGUUGAGUAUUUGUUGGAUGACGGGGGUAAUGCGAUGUGGUUGUCGCAAGAGUUCGGUGCUCUGGUUUCUCAACCGUUUGUCAUUGGUGGUCUCAAUCCGUUUACGAAGUAUAAGAUACGAGUGACGGCACGGAACAAGCAUGGCUACGAAAUGAAGAAAUCGCCGUUUAUUAAUGUGGUUACCAUGACGACUGCCGAGGGCUAUCCCAGUCGUCCUACUUCAGUACGUGUUUCAGGAUAUGCCACUCCUCACUGGGUGACCGUGUCCUGGUCGCCUCCUAUUACACCCAACGGUGUCCCACGUUAUCACUUUGUAUACUAUCAACUAGUCGGUGCUCGUCAGAUGAGAAAUACGGAUAGUGUUAAGAUGCUUAAAGUGACGGGCAUGUCUGCCAAUCUGACGAUGCUCAGUCCAUUCUCGUUGUACAGUGUGGAGGUGGCUGCGGUGAAUGUUCGAUCUUUUGAUGGUAAAGUGCUGGAGGGACAAAGAAGCAUUGCUGUUGUCGUUGCAACAACAGAAGCUGCGCCAGCUACAGCACCACGUGAUCUCACAUUCGCCGUUGAUCCACCACACACGGUCAACGUGAGUUGGACAGAACCAGAAACACCAAACGGAAUCGUUCGCUAUUACAUCGUCGAGUACAUGCUGGCAGAUGGUAGUGGAAACAAUAUGACAUUCAAUAACGUCAACGGGUUGAGUCAGGUGAUCACCAAUCUACAAAAGUCAGUGAACUACAGAGUCACAGUUCGAGCUUUCACAGUUGGAGCUGGACCACAGGCAUCAAUAAUUGUUGUAGCAGAUGCAAAGACACCGAGUCCACCUCGUAAUGUGCAGAGUUCAGGUGUGACGUCGAAUUCGGUUAUGAUACGUUGGAAUGCUCCUAGGAGCUCGAAUGGUGUUCUUCAGUUUUACACAGUCCACUACAGCAGUGAUGACAAUCAAUACAAUGUGUUCCCAAACAUCAACACCACUCAAACUACAUGCACACUGACGAAUCUCAAUCCACACACAAAAUACUCCAUAUACGUCUCGGUCACCAAUGAUGCCAGAUCCAACCCACAGAGUCCACCCAGCAACAUCAUUCUAGUGCUGACACUCGUAUCUUCACCACUUGCACCUGAUGCACCUUCAGUUGGUAUUACAGCCUCUUCAUUGACAUCAAUAACUUUAGUGCCUCCAGACGUCGACGAUUCAAAUGGUCCUAUAAGGUAUGUUGAUUUCAUUGUGCAUGAGGAUAGUGGUGGAGCUGCUGAUAUCCCGUAUGUCAUUAAACUGUAUAAUGAAAGUCAAGUGUGGUAUGUGGCUGCUCGAUUUGAGUAUGAGUAUUACAUGAGGUAUGUUGCUCAACGUCAGUUCACCAUUGGAAAUGGAUCGGUGGCAGUUGUCGGAGGUGUUGAGUAUAUGAACGGGCCUCUGAAGUCCGGGAAGGUGUACAUGGUUUAUGUACGUGUCAUUGCAAUUGGUGAUGAUGGGAUACAGGAAUUGUCAUCAAUCGGAAAACCAACGAGAUACACAACCACAUCUGAAGAAAACGAGUCAUCACAAUGUGGAUCGAACUCAGUAUUACCAUACAUUGUAGUGAUCGCUGUGCUCAGUGCGAUCGUGAUUCUACAAGCUAUCGCACUUUUUGUCAUCCUCAGGAAAAAUCGCAAGUACAGUUUUGAACAGAACCAUGAACCCAAUCUAACAUCUGCGAGCUUGCAGAAUCACGACAUGGUCAACUUGAGAGAGAAACCCAGGAAAGCCAAAAAACCGAGAAAAGAAACGUCGUCGAUGAUGAGCAACACCUCGUACGGCGUUGCAAAUCCAAUGAACGAUGUUGAUGGCAACGCAUAUGACGAUGUCAUAAUCAAGCCACGUCGACAAAGGAAAGCAGACGAGGAAUCACCAUACGUAUGGUUGCAACGAUGAUUGACAAACUUCCACAAAUCUCUGGUUUCAAUAAAAACUGACAACUUUUAAAAACUCAAUUUUACAUUUGUUUUUGUUUAUUGUUAAAGUUUUCAAAUCACACGGGUAAGAUUGCGUGUAUGUCGUUCGAAGUCUUUGUGUUGAUAUGGUACCACAGUUGAUAUGAAUGAUCAUGACUUAUUCUUGACUGGCGUAUCUUGCCUAUUUGUCUUAGCUUAAUUAAUUAGCGAUUUUUAGAUGACAUGUGUAUGCUUGAUUGCAUAUUAUUUUGAGCUAUUUUUCGUAUCU